AUGCAGUCGAACUUACUUAAACGAGAAAAUCUUUACAAAUCCCUUUCUGAUUUUAUAAAGGAUGUAAGGGACAAAUUUGAAGAUAUUGAAGAUGAAGCAAAUUUACUUACAGAUAAUAGAGACUACAAAAUUAAUGAUAAAAGAAUAAGGAAAAUAAAAUUGCAGUUUGGAGAAAGAUCCAGUAAUGACACAUGUUUCGAUGGAAGGCAAUCUUUUAUAGUAAACAUACAUAAUGUGAUAUGUGAAAUAUCAAGAAGAUCCACUGUUUCCAAUGAUAUUUUAAGAUAUUUCCAAGUUUUUUUCAAUGAUAAAAUAAGCAAUGAUAAAAUAUUGAGAUGCGUGGGUGGAUUAUCAUUAAAAUACAGCCAUGAUAUUGAUAGUAAAUAUUUUAAAGAUGAAGUUAUCCAUUUUAUAAAAUAUGCUAAGGAAGAAAACGUAUCCGAUCCUGUCAAUAUGUAUAAAUUGUUAAAAGAUGUACUGCAGUCUACAUUUCCUAAUGUAGAAACAAUUUUGAGAAUUUUUUUGACAAUGCCUAUCUGCAAUGCAAGCGGUGAACGUUCAUUUUCCGUACUUAAACGGGUUAAGAAUUAUUUACGUAAUUCAUUAAGUCAACCUCAUUUGAGCAAUUUAUCUUUUAUAUUUAUAGAAAAUGACGUUGAUUAUGAAUCUUUAAUUGAUAAAUUUGCUAGAAUGAAGGCAAGAAAAGUAAAAGUUUAA